UUCGCCCGCCUGAUCUCUCACCACAAUUUCCUGCUUCCACCAUCGCUGCGGCAGCCCUGCACCGUAAGCUCACACCCGCCUCCUCGCCUGUUGUAAUACUUGAUCUCCUUCACUUGGAACUCCUCUUCGUGUAUGUUCGUUGACGGAGCUAGGCGCUCGGGGGCUUUCUCCCUCUCCCUCUCCCUCACGGAUUCCUGCAUUUGAAGGAUCUCCGAGAUUACUAUUAUCUAUCUCCCUUGUGAGACAGGAAUACAUAGAAAUGGCGCAAGCAAUGAGGACCAUGCAGGUCACUGCCUUGAACGGUGCAUUGGCCGGUUCCUCUCAGAGUGUUGACAAAUCUGCCUCACUCAGAAUCUCGAAGAGGGUUCCUAAUUCCAGGCGACCAGCUCUGUCUUUGAGAGCUUCCGCGAAGGAUGAGGGUGACAUGCUUUCUGCCGUCGCGCCCUCCACCAUCGCAUCCAUUGUCGUGCUGGCUGACGUUGGUGCAGCGAGCGCCCUCACAGCUGAGGAUGUUACUCAAGCAUACGUAAAGGCACAAGAAGCCGCCUCUCAAGCAUCUCGAACAGCUGGGGAUACCUUUGACGUAAUGAAGAACGUUUAUGAACAAAUUGUUUACGCCUUGAAGCCUGCAGUUAGUGCCGUGACUCCAUACGCUAAACAGUCCGCAGACUAUGUUUACAAGACUGUGUCUCCCAUUGCAUCCGAUCUCGAGAAGCAAGCUGAGAAGGCCCUCCAGAGCACUGGUGUCGACACCAAGCCUGUGGUAGAUGCCGCGAAGACAGCUGCCUCCGCAGCAGGCGAAGUGGAGAAGUACAUUGAAGGGGCUCAACCAUCGAUAUCGAGUACUCUUCAGAACGUUUUGUCCUCGGAUCCCAUCGUCCUAGCCGCCGGAGCCGGAGCCUUGCUUCUGGUGUAUCUCUUGACACCACCUUUAUUGUCGAGCCUGUCCUACGCUGCCCGGGGUUUCAAGGGUGAAUUCACCGCAUUCCAAGCUCUUGACCUUCUGUCUAAGGAAGAUUACUACCUCAUUGACGUGCGAAGUGAGAAGGAGAAAGCCAAGUCUGGUGUCCCGAGCUUGCCAAGAAAUGCCAAGAACAAGUUCCUCCCUGUCCCAGUUGAGGAGUUGCCAGGAAAAGUGAGGGGUCAACUACGCAACGCUCGUAACGUUGAAGCUGAGAUUGCAGCCCUUAAAAUUUCCUCUCUGAAGAGACUUAACAAAGGCUCCAGGCUCAUCAUAAUUGACUCGAAUGGAGACAUCUCCAAGACCAUUGCGAGAUGCCUGUCAGGGCUAGGGUUCAGCAACACAUGGGUCAUCACUGAUGGAUUCGAUGGAGGAAGGGGUUGGGUACAGAGCAGGCUUGGCACAGAGUCAUCGGGUUCCUCAUUCUCUGAAAUUCUCUCCCCAUCUCGCAUCAUCCCUGCAGGCACCACAUUUUUGCAAGCUGGAAGAGAUUGAUCUAUACCGUUGAUCAUAUUAUAUGCUCAGAGAAUUAGUAAUAUUUUUAGGCCCAAAUUUGUAGGCUUUCUCACAUUCAUUUUCAGUUGACAGCGGUAAACUUCGUCUGGCAUGAUUUUAUUUCUGCAAAUUUUUCUUAUGGCACACGACAUGUCGUGCCAGAUUCUACGUAUUUUAGGGUACCUAUGUAGAUCUACAUAGGGGUGCGAGGACGCUGUGGGGAGCACAGUUUCAGCAUGGCUUGAGCAGAAACGUCAGAUUUCUGAGUGGUGACCACCGUUUUAACCUGUUGCAGAGAAUGUAUCAAUGAAGGCAUGGGACUGUUCUCUCUUGCACUUAAACGCCUUGUAUGCUUAA